ACUUACUGAGCCUCCUUUAGAAUUAGGGACUCGUGGAUAAUCAACAGUGGCUUUUCUGGAGCUUUCGUGGGAAUUGUCCGUUUGGAAAUCUACCUCCCCAUAGCAGGACAGGAUUAAAAAAAAGAAAGAAAAAACAGGUGGAACCGAUGUCAAGUUGGCCAGAGCAGCGCACGCAGGAGACAGGACUUUCUGGGUGCAUCCUGCCCGCGCGUUUCACGCGUGGUGCGCGCAGGUGGCGCCGCGGUCCCUGCGCUCCUGGAGUACGCCGGCGGCGUGCCCAAGAGGCCACCAGGAGUCUCCGCGAAGGGUGCGCCCGGGGAGCCCGGUAGCCUCGGAUCGCGGCGCUGCACACGCAAUGAUGGAUGAGCCGUGGUGGGAAGGGCGAGUCGCCUCCGACGUCCACUGCACCCUGCGCGAGAAGGAGCUGAAGCUGCCCACCUUCCGAGCCCACUCCCCACUCCUGAAGAGCCGCCGGUUCUUUGUCGACACCUUGACCCUGCUGAGCAGCCACUGCCAGCUCUGCCCCGCCGCCCGGCACCUGGCCGUCUACCUGCUGGACCACUUCCUGGACCGCUAUAGCAUCACCACCUCCAAGCAGCUCUACGCCGUGGCCAUCUCCUGCCUCCUGCUCGCAAGUAAGUUCGAGGAUAGGGAAGACCACGUCCCCAAGCUGGAGCAGAUAAACAGUACGAGGAUCCUGAGCAGCCAGAACUUCACCCUCACCAAGAAGGAGCUGCUGAGCAUGGAGAUGCUGCUCCUGGAGGCCUUCAGCUGGAACCUCUGCCUGCCCACGCCUGCCCAUUUCCUGGACUACUACCUCUUGGCCUCUGUCAGCCAGAAGGACCACCACUGCCACAGCUGGCCCACCACCUGCCCCCGCAAGACCAAAGAGUGUCUCAAGGAGUACGCCCACUACUUCCUAGAGGUCACCCUGCAAGAUCAUAUUUUCUACAAGUUCCAGCCUUCGGUGGUCGCUGCAGCCUGUGUGGGGGCCGCUAGGAUCUGCCUUCAGCUUUCUCCCUACUGGACCAGAGACCUGCAGAGGAUCUCAAAUUACUCCCUGGAACAUCUCAGCACCUGCAUCGAAAUCCUGCUGGUAGCUUAUGACAAUGUCCUCAAGGAUGCCGUCGCAGUCAAGAGCCAGGCCUUGGCAAUGGUGCCUGGCACACCCCCAGCCUCCACUCAAGUGCUGUUCCAGCCGCCCGCCUACGCCGCCCUCAGCCAGCCGACAACGCCGGCCCUGGUGCAGUUCCAGACCCCCGUGCAGGACCUGUGCCUGGCCUACCGGGACUCCCUGCAGGGCCACCGUUCAGGGAGCCUGCUCUCGGGGGGCACUGGCUCAUCCUUGCAUGCCCCAUACCCCACCCUCCAGCCUCUGGACGUGUGUCCCGUGCCCCUCCCCACAUCCCUCAGCAUGCAGAUGGCCAUUGCAGCCGAGCCCAGGCACUGCCUCGCUGCCACCUACAGAAACAGCUUCUUCAGCGGGAGCCACGCGUUCCCCACAGGCUGCUUCGAUAGAUAGGGCCCCUUUGGGCCACGCAGGGAGGCCUUGGAGACCCAGGCAGAGGAAGAGGACACUGGCGAGGGAAGCUCAGCGGAGCAAGGCAACUGGGAGGCUGUCCCCGCAGAGCCUCGUUGCCCUUGAAUGGAGAGGGUCCACGCUCUUUCUAGUUAAAACUGACCCAGAGCAAAACAGUCAAUGACAUACCUCACCCAAGAGCGUUCCUCUGGAAGAUGUCUUCUGCAUGUGGCUGGGGUGCAAGGAGAUGGCUCUGUGGCUGUUCCCUGGAGCGGGGGCCCAGGGAAUCCAGAAAGCCCUGCUACAAGGCCAGGAGACUGGGAACUGGAUGCAGACCACCAGUCCGUGAGCAUGUCUGCUUUUUAGUAUCAAAGACUCCUUUAUUCUUUGCCGAUGGCAGCUACAUCACUGAAAAAGAAGGGGCAGCCUGACGUGUUCUCAGGACCCCAGUAGAUGCCGUAUUGGGUGCUUUUCUUUCCCUGGCCCCGCACAGGGGGCCCAGUGUGUGUUGAUGCCUGACUGUCUGCCUUCUGAGGCAUGGUGGGCGGGCGGUUGUCUUGCCUUUGUCGUCGAACCUAAAACCUUAUUCGGCCUUUUAGAUAUUUCACGUGCUGCUGCUUCCCGAAGUGACCUAGCUUUCUGUUCAGUAAGAUGUCUUGUUUACAUACUGCAUCAGGGAUUUUGUGAUACUUGAAAAUUCCUUAGGAGAAAAAUAAUGUUGAUUGCCACACUGUCCCACGUGGGGGUUUGUAGGUUGUAACCCGGCUUGUGGCUGACCAGUGGGUGACAACAGAGCUCCCUUUUCAAAAGCGUAUGGUUAGGGAGAACCACUUUCUAGGCUCUCGAUUCCAGAAGAUUCCACAUCUUGGAUGCUGUGUUCACUUGUAGAACUUCGAUAAUCACCUGGAGGAAAAAGGUUGUUGAAUGUAGACAGAGGUUUAAAACCAACACCCCCCACACACGCAUGUUUAUGUGUGUGAGGUUAAGCCCAGCCUCAGCUUUGGGUUUGGCUAAAAGCAAAGGAUAAUAAUGUGAAAUGUGUGCUUAAUGCUGACUGGAUUUGGGCGUGGGGGGUGUACAAGGGUAUGUGACACCACCACUGACAGGCCAGUGACCGAUUGGAUCGGAAGCCACUAUUUGGGUAUCUGCAGCAGAGGGCUCUCAGGAAGGUUCUUGUAACCGUGUGCAAUAUGUUUUUAUUUUGACUGGCAGCUGGUGCUCAGCAUGCUUUUUUGGUUGGUUCAGGGUCUGGGGACACAUUGUACACUCGUCAGAACUGGGAGGUGCACAGAACCACGGAAGCAUUUUUUGGUUUGUUUUUUAAGAACCCACGUUGGUUUGCUUGACUCGUUGGCCAGUCCAGGAGACUGCAGCAGGGGGACUGCCCCAAGGCGGCUGCAGGCUGCUGAGUCGGAUCCGAAGGGGGUUUUCAGGGCAGGUGACGCCUCGUCGUGGAAGGGGAAUGAGAAGAGAGACUGGACGUGGAUAGGGCGCCGCCACGUUGUCACACUAGCGUAGGAAACUGCACGUUUGUUUGUUGUUUUUCUCUUUUGCCUUUGCCAACCUCCUUUUAUUUAUGUGCAACUGGUUUGGAUUCCAAGUUAUUGUGUCUGUCUCUUCGGGGGCUGGGCGCUUGUGAGGGGCCCCCAAUAGAGCCUCACAGCCAGCCCGGCCCCCAGAAAAAGACAUCCUGCAAUAAACACAUCACCUGCU